UAUGGAGCUUGGCGAAAAGACGCCAAGGAGGAUGGGAGACUGAGAUGGCAUGCUAAAUAAACCGGGGGGAGGGGGGGGGGUGAGAGUGAGAGAGAGAGAGAGAGUGAGAGAGAGAGAGAGAGAGAGAGACAGACAGACAGAGAGGAGAGGCGGCAUGAAGCGAUCGGAUGCUACUGACACACUCAGAGGACGAAACAGUGUGUCAAAGGAUGCAACUCGUGGACCGGUAGAAGCAUUGCAGUAACCAGAUAAGCCGGGAGGAGGACUAGCGACGAUAGCAUUUGAGCCACCCCAAGGCUAGCGAUCAUGGAUUUUAACGUGAGCGUUGCGAUUGUGCCGACGGGCCCGGCGCCUAACGCGAGUGCCGACUAUGAGGACUACUACCCGGAUCCAGACGCCAGUAAAAUCAUCAUCCCGUCCAUCUACGUCCUGGUGUGCUGCGUGGGCCUAACAGGCAACGCCAUGGUCAUAUACGUCAUUCUCAAGUACGCCAAAAUGAAGACAGCUACCAACAUUUACAUCCUCAACUUGGCCAUCGCCGACGAGCUCUUCAUGCUGAGCGUGCCCUUCUUUGCCACGUCGGCCGCCGUGCGUCACUGGCCCUUUGGCUCGCUCAUGUGCAGGCUUGUGCUGAGCGUGGACGGCAUUAACAUGUUCACGUCGAUCUUCUGUCUCACUGUGUUGAGUGUGGAUCGCUACGUGGCCGUGGUGCACCCCAUUAAGGCGGCGCGUUACCGCCGCCCAACCGUGGCCAAACUGGUCAACGUUUGCAUCUGGGGGUUGUCGCUGGUGGUCAUCCUGCCCAUCAUCAUCUUUGCCGACACCGUCCCGGCUGAGGACGGCGCCAUGGACUGCAACUUUCUGUGGCCGGAGGAGUCCUGGUCUGAAGCUUUUGUGGUCUAUACCUUUCUUCUGGGAUUCCUGCUACCUGUGGGGGCCAUAUGUUUGUGCUACUGCCUGAUGGUGGCCAGGAUGCGAGCGGUGGGGCUAAAAGCCGGGUGGCUUCAACGGCGGAGCUCAGAGAAGAAGAUCACCCGCAUGGUGCUGCUGGUGGUGGCGGUCUUUGUCAUGUGUUGGAUGCCCUUUUACGUCGUCCAGCUGGUCAGCGUCUUCCACCGGCCGCCGGACCCCAUGGUCACCCAACUUUUUGUCAUACUCAGCUACGCAAACAGCAGCGCCAACCCAAUCCUCUACGGCUUUGUGUCAGAUCACUUCCGCCGCUCUUUCCAGCGCAUCGUGUGCUUCCGCUGGCUGGAGUCCGGCGUGGACGCCGAGCAGGUGGACUACUGCGCUGUGGCGGUCAAGGGACAGGCCUGUGCCCAGAUGGAUUUCCCCAAAGACUUAACAGCCUCCGAUAUGGUGUUUCGUAACGGAACGUAUUCCUCGCGCACUACCGCCGUGUGAAGAAAUUUCCCAAAAGAAAGCUUGGUGUGUAUGGACACAAACUAAACAAACCGAACUUAGCAGGAGAGCAUCCGAGAACUGUUCGUCCAUGUUCUUGACAGGGGUUCGCAUCACAGUUCCCGGGUCAAACUCGUUGAGCAGCAAAAAGUGAAAAUAUAACACCAACCGUCAAAGCAAAAUAGAAGAAAAAGACAGACGGUUGCUUAAAACCUGUCACCUUGUCGGGGGUCGAGGGAAGCUCUGUGCUAUCUACGCGGAGCUAGCUAGCUAGCUAGCAGCAUCUUCGGCUGACCACUAGCGCGCCUAAACACAUUGCAGAGUCGCUUCUAAGUCAUUAUCGCCUACGUGGCUGUGAAUAAGCCCUAUCUCUAACAAGCUUCACAAUUACAAAGAAAUGGCGAGAAAAGCUGGAGUCAUGCUAAAUGCUAACCUAAGUUUGACAGCUAAUGCGUUUAACACCUCAAUUAAGGGGUAAAACCACAUUUUCAUUUAAGACGGAGCUAUUUUCCUUUAUCGGAAACAACUUCCCCAAAAAUGUUUUGUUUUUUGGGGAGGCUGGAAUUGAUCAAUGGCAUUUAAAAUCAUUUGAAUGUGGUUUGUACUGACUGAUAGCUUGUAUACCUUUCAAUUAGCCUGUAUGUUUGUAUGUCGAAUACAGGUAUAUUUUGUUUGUAUGUGCGUAGGUGCUUACUUGCGCUUACUUGUACGUUUUAUAGACUUUGUGUUUACUUUUGUAUGGAUGUACAGUCGACGUAUAUAAUGUUUCUGUGAUGGCUGUGGCAGCUUUAUUGCAAAUAAAAUAACAACAAGCCUGUCAAAACACUUUUCAUUGGCACACACACGCACGCACACGCAGACAAGAAUAAAUGAACAAGCU